GUGGUUGUUUCCUUUUAUUUAUCGUUAAAAUGUGCACUGUUUUUUUCUCUAAAUGCGAUUAUUAUUAACACUAUUUGCAUCUCGAUGUUGAUGUGCAUUAACCGGUAUGCGAUAGACCAGGACUGUCCAAACUCGGUCCUGGAGGGACACUGUUUAGCUCCAGCUUGCCUCAACACACCAGCCUGGAAGUUUAUACAUUGCCUUAAUGAAAAAUUUCACACAUUAGAAAUGCCCAAAUAAAAUGUUUAACAACUGCAAGAUGCAGAUACAUUUUUGUGACACGUGAAAAUGUACAUUUAUAAGUAGAAUUAGAAAUGUUCACUUAAGCUUAGCCACAGAUGGACAGGAGAGGUUGUGGGGCACAUUAAAUUGGCAGACACAUUGUAUUGUAUUGUAUAUUUUGUUUUAUUAUAUUAUUACACAUUCAGAAAUGAAAUAUGUGUACCAAAUGUAGUGCCAAAAAUUAACUAUAUAAAUAAAGAAAUAACUAAAUUAUAACAAACUUGGCUGUCUUUUUCAUAUUGUAAGGUGUACUCAAAAAUAUCAUGCAAAGCCUUUAGUGUUUUGUAUAUUUCAUAACUAAUUGAAGAAAUUUAUUUUGUAGGUCGGUGGGCACAAUGAUGCCACCAGGGUUGAAUUGGGGCGUAUGGUAAUGGAGAGACUGCUCUCCAAACUCCAGUAUGCAAUGGACUCCUCAAUGAACUAUCCAACCUAAAAAACAUAGUGGAGACCCAAGUUGAAAACAACAGUGUACCCAUAGCUGCACUGGAAGUGCAAUUUGGAGAGAGGGGACGUCCAAAGUUUCUUAUAUCCAGAGAGCAUCUUGUAAAUCUUGUGAGUAUGCAUCUGUCUGUCCCCUGUAUUGCUCAGCUUCUCGGUGUGUCAACAAGGACUAUUGAUCGGCGUCUUAAUGAGUUUGGUAUUUCUGUAAGAGACACAUAUACAACGAUCUCAGACGAGGAUCUUGACAACCUUGUUAGUACUGUAAAAGCUGAAAGUCCACACCUAGGCCACCGGAUGAUGAAAGGACGGUUGCAAGCACUGGGUCACCGUGUGCCAUGGACAAGGGUGUGGGAUUCCAUGCAUCGAGUGGACUCUGCUGGAAUACUUGCAAGAAUGACACAGCUGAGAUGUGUUGUCCGAAGGACUUAUUCCGUUCAGGGCCCACUGCAUCUGGUUCACAUCGACACGAAUCACAAGCUCAUAAGAUAUGGCCUUGUGAUAUUCGGUGCCAUUGAUGGAUACUCCAGGAAGAUCAUGUACCUUGGAGCUGCAACAGAUAACAAAGCAUCGACUGCCCUUGGUUUUUUCCAUCAGUCAGUGGAGAUGCAUGGGUAUCCGUUAAGAGUUCGAGGAGACCACGGAGUAGAAAAUGUGGAGAUCGCUAGGUGUAUGUUUUCUGUGCGAGGCUGUGGGAGGGGAAGUUUCCUGUCAGGAAAAAGCGUGCAUAACCAGCGUAUUGAACGCCUUUGGCGCGACAUAUGGAUGGCUGUAACCAACAUCUUCUAUGAUGUUUUACACACCCUCGAGGAGGAAGGGUUACUAGAUCCAGCAAACAGCCUCCACAUGUUUUGUUGUCAUUAUGUGUUCCUGCCACGCCUGCAGGCCAGCCUUGAUUCCUUCACUUGUGGAUGGAAUAACCAUCCUCUCCGCACAGAAGGCAAUCGAAGCCCCAACCAAAUGUGGGAAAUCGGGCUUAUUCAAAACCCUGUUGCUCCUCCAGAAUCUGAGAAUACUCGAAAUGAAGACUCUGACUGGGACACGACCAGAAUCCCUGACCAGCCAUCCAGAGGAAUUGUGGUUCCUCCAGUUGAUUGCACAUUAACUGAGGAAUUAAAGGCACAGCUGCAAGCUGUUGUUGACCCAACCUCACAAUCACAAAACUAUGGCAGGGACAAAUAUUUAGCAGCAUUACAUUUUGUGAUCCUUCAUUCUUAAAUUACAGUAAUGUGUACACC